AUGGAUUAUCAGUUGAAGAAAGCAAUGGAUCCUGAAUUGUGUAAACUUGCACAAAAAGGAAUGAAACCUGAAUUGUACGUGGCUGCACAGUUAGCUGAUCCGGGUGAACUUGAAAGAUUUUCGGAGAAGUUGCUCUGUCAGAGGACUCCAAAAAGAAACACUGUCCUGCACGUAUUAGCCCAGUCCUGUGACUCCGCAGAUGCUGUCCGACAUAUCCUUAAAAGAAAUUGCUGUUUGCUAAUGGCAAAGAAUUGUCGUGGUGAGACUGCACUUCAUUUGGCAGCAAGAAAGGGGCAUUAUGGCAUUGUUCGAGAACUUAUUGAUUACAGCAAACGGAACAAAGGAUGUUGGUUUUGUGCCUGUUUUGUCGACAGAUGCAAGAGGAUGCUGAGGAUGGCUAAUGUGGACGGAAACACAGCUUUACACGAGGGAGUUAAGAACAACUUCUAUGAGGUUGCUAAGUUGUUGGUUCAAGAAGAUCCUGGGUUCCGAUAUCGCCCCAAUCAUGCUAUGGAGACUCCUCUAUAUCUCGCAGUUGAGAAGGGAUAUCGGGAUAUUGCGGAACUGAUUUUGACGACUUGCAAGUCACCGGCUUAUCUUGGCCCCGGCCACAAAACCGCCCUUCACGCUGCAGCAAUAUGGAAUUUGCCAGAACUCGUGGGGCUGAUUUUGGAAAAGCUGCCUAAUCUUAUCAUAAAGGUGGAUAAAUUUGGAUGGACUGCACUUCACUAUGCUGCUAAACUCAAUCAUCCUGCUAAACUCAAUCAUGAAGAUGUGGUAAGGCUAUUAUUAUCUGCUAAGAGGUCUACGGCUUAUGUUGCUGCCCGCAAUGACGACUCCAAGACUGCUCUACAUAUAGCGGUCAUUCAUGGACAUGUUGCUGUGGUGCAAGAGCUGUUAUCCCAUUGCCCAGAUUGUUGGGAGAAAUAUACUAACAGACGUCAGAAUAUCCUUCACCUUGCAGUAAAAUAUGAACAAAAAGAAGUGCUUGAAUCCGUCCUGAAUAAUUCCUGGGCUUCUGAACUCAUCAAUCAAAGGGAUAAGAGAGGAAAUACUCCUCUCCACCUCUAUGUUGCUACCAAAAUCUUAGAUGGGAGUUGCCUUGUAAAACACCCUUCUGUCGAUGUCAAUUCGUUUGACAAUUCGAACUCCACGCCUUUAGACAGAAUAUUACGGGCGGCUGAACUUUCACAAAGAGAGAUUUUAAUCAAGGAUGAGUUGGAGCAAGCAGGUGGCGCUCGAGGGUAUCGAAAUGUUGCUACCGUAAAGAAGAACUUACGAGGAUCUAGUCCUGAUAAAGUAAAAGGAGUCGAAAAAUUGGCUGACACUUAUUCGAUUGUGGCUACACUGAUCGUAACAGUCACUUUUGCAGCUUGUUUUACAGUUCCAGGUGGAUACAACGAUGACAAGCCAGACGAAGGCAUGGCAGUUCUAGGCCAGCAAGCAGCUUUUAUUACAUUUGUUAUUUCAGAUUUCUUGGCAAUGAUUGCCUCCAUAAAUGCAGUGCUUGGACAUCUGAAGGUCGUGCGGACAAAAAAUUACCGGAAUAAGUUGGCUGCUGUCCGGGUAAUUAGGUUCCGACUUUCUCAGGCUGUGACAUUCAUGAUGAUAGCAUUUCUCACAGGCUUUUACGCAGUGCUACACAAUUUGGCCAUCAUGAUCGUGCUGUGUGUCCUUGCUGCUUGGCUCUGCCUUAACAUGUUCAUAACUCCUUGGCUAAAACGCGAAGCUGACUAUUCCGCUUUUAUAGGUCCGGUGGAAGUCUGGCGUCAGGAUUUUACCGAAGCCGAGGACUAG